CGGUAUGUUCCGCGGCUGCUGCUUUGCGCGUGAUCUGAAAGGGCCGGGAACAUGGUCGCGCGUUAGUUAUGCUGCGCACUUUGCAUUAUUAGUGGACGUACUUAAUUGUGGUCAUGACCUUUUAUUUCACAAGAACUCAACGACUAUGUCGGGGACUUGGAGAAAUAUUACGUCGGGAAGAAAAAAGAGGUGCUAAGGGCUGUUGUAUUGAUAUCUCCUUGCAGGACGUAAGAAACCUGUCGACGUCGCCUUGUUUUCAGUCAAGUGAACUUAAUAAACCUUUAAAGCAGUGGACAUUUGUCGUUAGCCCUUUCAGUACCGUGAAAGCACAGCUGCGCUGCAACAUCUCAGUUAGAUCCCUGGAUCCGCACUCGUUCCCCGAAGCAAACCGCGCGUUCAUCACGGUCCACGGCACCAGCGCGGACCAAGGACUCAAGCUUGACAAUUUCUACGUGCAGUACGAUGACCAAAACAAAGAGUUGCACAUUUUGUCCGAAAAGGUCAAUAGUAACGUGUCUGUUGAUUUGACAGCCCCAAUCAAAAGUGAUCUUUGUAUUACAACAUCGGGGGACGGCAAUGUGGAAAUCGUGGAGAUGGAGUGUAACAACUGCAAGGUAGUAACAGAGAAUGGAAUCUGUGUCCUGCACUCUGUAAAGGGUCACAGGGUGAUUGUGAAAUCAGCGGGAGGAGACAUCAAAGGCACUGGCACCAUUCAUGGGAAUGUGGACAUCAGCACAUCUGGAAAUAGUAUGGUUGAUAUCAAGAAGAUUCAGGGAACAAGCCUGAAUGUUUCUACAGAGCACGGACCGCUAAAGGUUAAGGCUGUAUAUGCGGUGUCUACCUCGCUGUCAUCUUCCUCGGGAAAUGUUGAAUUGGGAAGUGUGCAUGGUAACACGACAGUGUGUACAAAGACGGGGAACAUCAUCAUUGAUGGGUCAUAUGGCUGUCUAAAGGUUUUCUCCCAUGAAGGAGAUAUUGAUGCCUAUGUAGGCCAGCAUGGGACUGCAGAUCUACACAGUGAGCAAGGCUCUGUCUCCAUCAGAGUCCCAGCCUCCAUAAAGGCUGAGGUCCAGCUGUCUGGAUCCGCAUUGGAGCUCAACUCUGAGGUGGAUCUUCAGGAGGCCAAGCACGACUGCACAGACACCCACAACUCUGUCACUGCUCAUAUUAAUGGAAAAAGUGAGGGCAGGGCCCGGAUUGAGGCACGAGCUGAGAGGGGCAUCGUCAGGCUGAGGUCCCAGAGCUGGCUGGAGUCUCUGAAGAUCAGGAGCUAGUGGAGCGUUAUCCCACCCCCCGAGCCCCCCCGCCUCUGGUCUCAUUAUGGUUCAGUGGUAAACAAAAGGCUCACAAUCACUGGGAUUCCACACAGGGCUGGGUUUGAAGACAGUUGCACAUACUGUAUGCUGCUUUGCAACAAAUACAGAGACUUAAAGUGAUGUUUUAAAGUCUAACAGUAUUGAAACUGAAGUGCGUUUUUGACACAGCCUCAGGAAGCUUGAAAGGGUUGCAGUAGUUGGUCUUCUGAUGUUCUUUAGAUGUCUGCAAAUGUCAAAUAAAGAAGAUAAAAUGCUUUUUUCUACUUUUAAGCAUACCAUACCUUCUCAAGCUCACUGGUACACCAUUAACUUGAGUCCCAAAAUCCAUCUGUAUGCUUUGUAAUUGACAGCUCAGAAAUACCAUGUCACAACUUAAUCAUUCUAUGGACGUAACGCACAAAGGAAUGUUGUUAAAUAUCAGUUCACUGUCAGUAUGAACAUUUUCCCGGUUGUAGUAAAAUGUUUAAAUUAGCGCUGUCAAAUGAUUAAAAUUUUUAAUCAGAUUAA